ACGCCUCCAGACCCGGAUGUAGAACUCUUAUUGGGUGCUAUAAUGGAUCAGAAAAUGAGUUAAAUAGUCUAUUGGUCUUCAUUGUUGUCGCUUUUCUACCUGAGUCAUUUUAUUGGCCAUUCGUCUGCGAAACACUACCUGAACAGCCUCUCUGGCGACGGAAGUAACUUGCCGGAAGACGGUGGGCGGGCCUUAAUGUAUCCAAUGAUGGGAAGCUCUUAGACGAAGAGGGUGGUACCCUGUGAAAGUACUGUCCAAUGAAAGUAAUUAACGCCUGAUUCCCGGGUAACCAGGAGCGGAGAGUGCUAUGGAGAACUUCACGGCGCUGUUUGGAGCUCAAACUGACCCCCCACCGCCACCAAGCGCCCUAGGCUUCGGGCCUGGAAAGCCACCCCCGCCACCCCCUCCUCCUCCGGGAGGUGGUCCAGGCACAGCCCCGCCCUCUACGGCGACCUCGGCUCCCACGGGAGCCGAUAAGUCGACCGCUGGAAGCGGACCCUUCUACCUGAUGCGGGAAUUGCCCGGCAGCACAGAGCUGACGGGCAGCACCAAUUUAAUCACACACUACAACCUGGAACAAGCCUAUAAUAAAUUCUGUGGGAAGAAAGUGAAGGAGAAGCUAAGUAACUUCCUGCCUGAUCUGCCAGGGAUGAUUGAUCUCCCUGGCUCCCAUGACAACAGCAGCCUCCGCUCCCUCAUUGAGAAGCCUCCUAUUCUUGGUGGCUCUUUUAAUCCAAUCACAGGGACCAUGCUGUCUGGCUUCCGCCUCCACACUGGCCCGUUGCCGGAGCAGUGUCGUCUGAUGCAUAUUCAGCCUCCCAAAAAGAAGAAUAAGCAUAAGCACAAACAGAGCCGUACCCAGGAUCCUGUUCCCCCAGAAACACCAUCUGAUUCAGAUCACAAGAAGAAGAAAAAGAAGAAAGAGGAGGAUCCUGAACGAAAAAGGAAGAAGAAAGAAAAGAAGAAGAAGAAGAACCGACAUAGUCCAGACCACCCAGGUAUGGGCAGCUCUCAAGCCAGCAGCAGCAGCAGCCUCCGUUAAUAGAGGACUAGUGGACUUUGCUAAGGAUGGCUUUCCUGUAAUACUGAACCUGCUGAUAAAAACUGUCUUCCAGGCACUUGGACCCUGUUGUGGGAGCAUCCAACAGCUGGAGAGGGGCCAGCCCCUGCUGUGCAUGUGAUUAAUACACUUUAGAGAAGGGCCAUGCUUUUUUAUGGUUUAGUCCAAUUGGCUUUUUACAAGAAGCUGUUUUUCUUUUUUCCCCUCUUUUGUAUAGUUUGAUUCCAGGACUUCAGUGUUUUGUUUUGUUUUAAAGUGUGUUUAACAAACUGAGUAGUUUGGCUGCCUUUUAAAAGACAAGUGCCAUUCUAUUUGAGUCAAAGUUUAGUAUAAAAUGUAAGAAAUUUUGGAUCUUGCAAUCACAUUACUUAUUAGCAGGCUGGAAAAUCAAAAUGAGAAUAGAGAACAUGGUCUGAAAACAACAGUUUGCAAGAAUUUUCCGACCAUAGACACAAAAUACUUUGCUGAAUAUGCUCAGAGAAAAAUGCCUGGAUGAUCUUCAUCUUCCAUCUGGAAAGCUGGUCCAAAUAAGGUUUAUACCUGUGUUUAUAUACCACAGGGAAACUGGUGAUCCACACUCGCCAGUAUAUUUUAGCAGGGAAAACCAACUAGUAUUUGUUUCAUUAUGCUCCUACCUUUUUCUGGGGCCUGACCCCUGAGACUUGUGUGUACUAGGCAAGUUUUAUCUUUUCCUUUCCCUCUCUGACUUUUUUUCCCUACAUGCUUUUUAAAAUGAACCUCUGUCAAGAAGUUUAAUGCUGGAUUUGGUUGUUUUGAGAUAACAUCACACUAUGCAACCCUGGCUGGCUAUGAACACAAACUUGCCCCAAGCUCGAGAGACCCAUCUGCCUUUACCCACCAAGUUCUGGGAUCAAGGGCAGGCACCACCAUGCUUAGCUGUUUUUACUUUCAAAAGAAGAAAUUAAGGAAUAGCAAGAGAUUCAACAGACAGGAUGUUUUUGUUAUGAAAAGCUAGGUUUUUCUCACCCAGCAGGGCAUUUAAUUUGAUAGCCAGAAUAAAAACAGAA